GGGGGUUGACUCAAAGCGUCGUCUUCCGCCGUUUCCCCCCCAAAGAGAGAAGAGGUGUUUAUAUCCACCUCCCUCCGCGGAGCCCCGCCUCGGACUCACUGCACACCUGAGCCGCCGCAGCAGCAGGUAAAGGUGAAACGGACCUCGGCGUGUUUGCUCCGCUGUCACCGACAAGGUGCGCAGAGGACGGGGGUUGAAGGAGGUAGAGGCGCCGAGUCGGAGCCGCGAGGUUUCGGCCGUGCUGGAUAAGACGGGCAGCAUGGGAGAGGCACCGGUGAGGGAAGACGGCACCGUGACACGAUCAGCAGAGUAUGUCGGGUCGUUUCUCGUGGAUGACUGCUGUCUGGACGAUCAGAUAACGCAGCUGCACACACAGCUGAAGCACUUAAAGGCAUGCCAGAGAAGCAGGCCGGUGACCCUGAAGUUCUCCCUCAAAGGGGUGAAAAUGUAUGACGAGGAUGAAGUGACCCUCCUCAUGGCUCAUGCUUUGCGAAGAGUCUCCCUGUCCACCGCCCGGCCAGUGGACGCCCAGUUUGCCUUCGUCUCCCAUAACCCGGGCGGCACCGAUGCCCAGCUUUACUGUCAUGUUUUUAAAGCAAGACAUGCCCGAGCGGCCCAGUUCCUGAACUUGCUGCUCUGCCGAUGUUUCCAAUUGUCUUAUCUGGAGAAGCAUCCAGAAGAGGCACAAGAACUUUGCGCUGGGCCGCUGCCCCGGCGUAACCCCUCGCUGCUCCACCACGGCUUCCCUCUCAGCGUCAGUGCCCUGGUGUCCUUUCGAAGAGCCCCCUUUAGAGGACUGCUGUUGAGCGCCAAGAAAUCUAAGCAGUCCUCCACUGAGCUUCCUGAUAGCCCGGAUGAAGUUUUUCCCUCCUCCUUACCCUCUCUGAUGCGCAGGAAAGUCAUCCGCACCAAGGGACUUCGCUCUGGUGCUUACCGCUCCUUCACUUUCACGCCACGCAAACAGCGCAGCGUUCAGGAGCAGCUGAGCGUGUCACAAGAAAAGGGUCGAGACGAAGUGCCAGCGAGGCGAUCCCGGGCUCCGAGCUUAGCUGAAACGGAGGAAGCUUUGGCUGAAGCUGUGUGGUGUUGGGCUGGUCUCGCAACGGAGACCUGCUACUCCCUCCUUGCAGAUGAUAUCCUGGGAUCAUACCUUCUGUGCCCACAUCCCAAAAAACCUAAAUGUGGCUCUCUUAUCAUUCGCCUCCCCUCUGGCCUGGUCACCCACCUUAUAGAAAACACUCGUAAAGGGAAAUUCAUGUUGGAGAAAUGCAAGACAGAAUUCAGUUCCAUCGCUGACCUCAUUGAAUACUACUCGGUGACCCCGGGCGAGCUGCCUUGUCAACUGAGCUGCGCUCGGGUCAAUCACUGUUAUGAGUGGGAGGAAAACGCCAGCGCACUAAAGGCUGCAAAGCAAUACAAAAGCCCAACCAAAGCAAGAGGUGAAAGUACCCACUAAAGGGAAUGGAGCCUGAGCGAAGUGAGCCGCCAGACUCAGAGGAUGCAAAACAAGAGACACUCUUCUAUUUUUAUUUUUAUUUUUUUUGCACAUUUCUUUUAGCAUUUAAACCACAUGGUAUACUGGGGACCUUUCACUCACUGGAAAACACCGUGCACCUUUUUAUCCAUGUUGGCACCUGUACGUGCUCCUGUAUGCACCGGAUUCCAUCAGGGUACUUAUUUUUCAAAGAUGUCAUAUUGAGUUGCAGCUUUUAUGUAAAGUAAAUUUUAAAAGUGUUUUUACAUGCCUGUAAGGCAUCUGUAUUUUAGAUGUUUUUUUUUUUUUUAAUCUGUAAGACUUUAAAGUGUGGACUUUAUGGCCGGGUCUUAACCUUUUUCUUGGAUUGUAUUCCCCCCUCGAUCUUCUAAAGAUGUUACCUCAGUAAAUAAGCAUGUUUUACUCUGAUCGUUUCUGUUUUGUCUACACAUUACUCUGUUUAAGAGACUGUAUGUAGCGCUGCACCUUAUUUUCACUGCGUUUGAUGUUGUGUGCAGUUGUAGCGUCACAAAGUUCAGAACAAACCCAAGUUUUUCAGCAGAAGAUUGUUUACGGGGAUGGGAGAUUUCCGAUUCGUCGUUUCUGAUGAGUCGUUUCCAUCACCAGUCUUCAUAAAGUUUUUAUGCACAUUUUGCAAUAAAUCGUGGACUCUUUCCAGUCCUCGUCCCACUAAAA